AUGGAGAAUUCACAGAUCAAGCUACUCGACUACCUGCGCUCGAAGACUCAGGUAGAUUUGGACACAUUUGACAUGGAUGAGCUCUCUAAAGACAGCAGACGAAGCGUGCUCGACAAGGCUAUCGAGCUUGCUACUCAGCUACUUGACCAGUAUCCCACAGUUACACAGGAAGAACUGACUAUCGAGAUCGGGGCUAUACUUCUGGCAAUUCAAGUUCGACCAUUUGUAACAGGAAAUAUCCAUAUCAUGGUCAAUCCUAACUAUGCGUACUAUCAACGCAAAACGGUAGAAGCCGCAAAGAGACUGCAUCAUUUGUUUCAUGAGAUUGACCCAUCUUUCGAUCCGUCUCGCCUUGUUUUGAAAAUUGCAGCUACCUGGGAGGGACUUCAAGCUUGUCGGGAGCUGCACUAUUCUCGUAUCCAGACACUGGCCACUACCCUCUUCACCAUGGAACAGGCGGUGUUGGCCGGAGAAGUUGGUUGCGUCUCCAUCUCACCCUUCGUGCAUGAGCUCAAGGCAAUUUUCCAGCCAAGCUAUAAGGGCUCGGACUCAUUGCUACCUCUGUGUGUUCAGGCCCAGCAGUGGUAUCUGCAGGAGUCUUUACCGACCAAGGUCAAGGCGUGUGCUACGAUGGGGUUAGACGAGAUCUUGCAGUUGGCCGGUGUUGCAGCAUUCACUUUGGUCCCAGACGACUUGAAGUUAUUGCAAACUACUCAGAAGAACGAAGCCGAAGUACAAAGCUUGUCAUUGUUUCAAGGUCUGAGCACACUGCAAGUUAAGGUGACCUAUCCGUCCUACGUCAACGACGAGGCAGGUUAUCGUACGGCCUUUGCUCGAGCUGAAGAAGGUCGCGCACAGCUAAAACUGGGCCAGGCGAUCCAUAUAUUCUGUGACUUCCAGACCAAGGCGGAGCAAUUGGUCCGAGAUGCGAAGAAGUGUGAUGCGUAG